AUGAGUGAAAGUAUUACUACCACCAAUAUGUCAUCUGAUGAAUUUGUUGAUGCAACAGAAGAUCAUGACCAACAAGAAGAACACCAACAAGAAGAACAUAACCAACAAGAAGAAGAAGAACAGGAACAAGUGGAACAAGAUAAACCCACCGAGGAACACAAUGAACAAGAUCAACUGAGCGACCAAACAGAAAAGAUUGAAGAAUCACCCAAACAAGAUGAAGAGCAACAAGAACAACAAAAUGGAGAAGACCAACACCAAGAAGAAGAAUCCAAUGAUAAGGCUCCACCAUUACCAAAUCGUAAAUCAAUUGAAGUUUGUAUUCGAUUAGAUGAACCAGGUUCACCCCAAAAGUAUACAAUCACUGAACAAUCAAUUGAACAAUUAAAUACCAUUCUGAAAACUUAUGAUAAAUCUUCAACUAAUUUUCUUUUGCAAUCAAAAUAUAAUCAAUUAAAUCAUAAAUUCAACCAGAAAAACACCGAGGUUAAAGAAUCAAUUAAUACUGGCACUGAAAAUAUUAAAAGAACUUUUAAUGAUAUUAAAGCCACAGUUGGAGCAUUUGAAGAAUAUAAAAUAGAUUGGGAAUUUUGGACAAAAGUUGUUAAUGAUUAUAAUUAUGUCAUUAAUCAUGAAUCAAAUAAAUUACAUGAAUUAAUUAUGUCAGGAAUUCCUAAAGAAAUUAGAGGAAUUAUUUGGCAAUUAGUUUCAAAAUCCAAAAAUUUCCAAUUGGAAGAAUUAUAUCUUGAUCUUAAAAAUGAAGUUUCAAUUCAUGACAAGGGGAUCAAGAGAGAUUUAUCAAGAACUUCUUUCUUUACCAAUGUUGAAGCGGUUAAUAAAGGGACGGAAUUAUAUAAUGUGAUUAAAGCAUAUUCAUUAUUUGAUCCCGAGGUUGGAUAUACUCAAGGAAUGAUAUUUAUUGCCAUUCCAUUGAUUAUGAAUAUGAGUGAAGCUGAAUGUUUUUGCUUGUUGGUUACAUUAAUGAAAGAAUAUAAAUUACGGGAUUUAUUUAUACCAGAAAUGAAGGGGUUACAUUUGAUGUUGUAUGAAUUUGAUAGAUUAUUAGAAAGUUAUGCUCCGGUAUUAUAUAAUCAUUUAGUGAAACAAGGAAUUAAAUCUUCAAUGUAUGCUUCACAAUGGUUUUUGACAUUUUUUGCUUAUAAAUUCCCCCUUGAUAUUGUUUUGAGGAUUUAUGAUAUUAUUGUGACACAGGGGAUGGAAGCAGUAUUGAAAUUCGCGGUGAAUUUAAUGUUAAAGAAUGAAAGCAACUUACUAGCACUUUCAUUUGAUAAAUUAUUGGAAUUUUUAAAAGAUAAUUUAUUUAAUAUUUAUAUUAGUGAAGAAUUUAUUAAUUUUAAAGAUGAUUCUUCAAACACCACCACACCAACCAAGAAUUCCAAGCGAUUUUCAUUAUUACCUUCAUCAUCAUCAUCCCGUAAGACUAAUAAUUCUUCAAAUGUCAUUCCAACUUCUUCAUUGAAUUAUUAUAAAUUAGAUUCAUUAGUUUCUGAUUCAAUGAAAAUCAAUGUUGAUCCAAUCGAUUUAACAAAAUAUGAAAAUGAAUUUGAAGGAAUCUACAUAAAUGAAAAAUCUAAAUUAGAAGAUAUAAAACAAAUGAAAAUUGAAAAUGGCAACUUACGUAACAAGAUCAAACAAUUAGAAAUUCAAUUUAAUAAUCUAAAUCAUGAUCAUGUAGAUAUUGUUCAAACUAUGGUUGAUAUAAAAAUUAGUCUACCUGACAUCUUAAAUGAUAAUGAAGAUUUAAAAAUAUCUAUUGAACAAUUGAAUCAAGAUAUUGCGGAAUUGGAAUCAAAAAUGGUUGAUACUUCAUCAUCGGCAGCUUCAGCAGUUUCAUCAUCAAAUAAUGAAUCUCUGACACCGGGAGGUACUGCAUUGAAUUUGCCUAGUGCAAUUGAAAAUAAUAUUAUAGAAUUAUUAAAAAUUAAUGCUGAAGAAGCGGAAAAAUCUGCCAAUUUAGAAGAUGAAUUGAAUAAUUUAUUAGAUGAAGAAAUUAAAUUGGAUGAAGAAUUAAAGAAAUAUAGUAAGAAUUCUUCUAAUUGGUUUUCAAGAUGGGGUAAGAAAGUACAAUAG